UCUUGUUUUCUUGUGGUGUUAUCUGUACACCGCCUGCGGCCCGUGAAAGGGGAUAGCGAAAUAAUCUAACCUCGUGUUUCUAUCUCGAAAUUUAAGUGAGAUAGUGAGUCGCAGUGUCUGGACUAGCACUAAGGAAGAUGAACAAGCUAGUGAAGUUGUCUUUAGCUGUACUUCUCCUUGCAUCUGUGAUUGCGUGGUACCAGCCAAACUUGAUAUAUAAUACAAAAGAUAUCCAUGAUUUUGCAGCCAAGUUCCCUGCAUUAGUGUCGUUUUUCAAGUGGUUUCAUGCAGGAAAAGCAACAAAUUCAAAAGUUGAAGAUGCUAGCUCUAAUGAAGUUGAAGAUGGAUCUCCAGAACUUGCAGAGCCUACUCGAAUCUUCACAAAAGAAGAGUUAGCAAAAUAUAAAGGUGAAAAUGGUGGUGACAUUUAUCUUGCUCUAAUGGGCAGAGUGUUUGAUGUCACCAGAGGAAGAGAUUAUUAUGGUCCAGGUGGUGGAUAUGCAUUUUUCAGUGGAGUUGAUGGUUCUCGUGCAUUUGUGACAGGUGAUUUUAAACCUGAGGGGCUAAUUGAUGAUAUAACUGGACUUGGAAGCCAAGACUAUAUAGGGCUUCGAGACUGGCUAGAUUUCUACAUGAAAGAUUAUCAGUAUAUUGGUAAACUCCAAGGACUGUUUUAUGAUGCUGAUGGAAAAACAACUGAAUAUUAUCAUGAUGCUAAGCAGUGGAUUAAGGAGGCUUCCAAUUAUAAAGAAGAUGAGGAUUUAUUUAAAGAAAAGUUUCCAAUGUGUAACAUAGAAUACAAACCAGAAGAAGGCUCUCGCGUAUGGUGUUCAACCAAGAGUGGUGGUAUCCAAAGAGACUGGGUAGGAUUUCCUCGCUCCCUUUACUCAGCCGAUUCCAAAAACAUCCGCUGUGCAUGCACCCAAGAAACAGACUUGAACGAUUCUUUGUUGAAAGAAUAUCCCAACUGUCCAAAGGAUGCGACGUCAUGCAUGCUUCCAAAAUAAUUACCGUUAUUGUCAUAGAUUCGAUUAUCAUGUUCUUCACUAAUGACGUCCUGGAUUGCGCUUCUUGAUUUCUUGUGUGCAAUUAUCAAAUGGGAUUCGAUAGCAUUGGUUACAGUAUAGAUUUUAAACGGGAUAUUGGUCAAAAAUAACCACACACUUUUGUAUUCAAGUCAAAUCUAAAUCUAAAACAUAAAAGAUACGUCUUUUGUUGAA